UUAACAUUGGCUUGUUAGGGUUUCAAAGUCGGAAUAUUCCAUCGGCUUCGGGUUGUCUUCUCGUUUAUUUCCGCGCUCGCUACUGUUAUGGAUUUUCCAACACCGGGGAGGCUUCUCCUCAAAUUACGUAGAUAAAUGGCGGACAACGGCGGAGAGCCGAGCUCGGCUCCGAAUUCGGAAAGGAUUGCACGAGCUAUAAUAAAAUUUUUAUAUGGCUCUUUCGUCAAACGCGAUCGCUCUUUCAAGUAACACUCUGAGGGAUGGGCCUAGUCCAUUAUAUCGGACGACUAUCAAAAUCCAUUACUAAUUCUGUUGCUUCUCGCGAGAAAUCCACAGUAAUCUUUUACUGCGACGCAUUGCUUAUUGGCCGUUGCUUCAAAUUUGGUUCCUCUAGAUCUAUUUGCACGUUCACCGAUCAAAUAUUCUAUAAAAAUCCUAUCUUUCUCAACAACGAACUAUUAUUCAGUGAAAACGGCAUUCCACUUACACCUCAUCGCUUGGUGCUUCAAGUUGGCUUUCACAAGACUUUUCACUUGUCGGACAAAACCCAAUUUUUGGUGGAGCCAACAACCAGUGAAACUUUAUUAGUUUCUGUGAAUAAGAAAAUUUCAGAAGAUGCUGAUAAAAUCUGCAGAAUGCUCUCUAACCAGUCUGUUUCCAACAUCAGAACUUCUCUAGAUGACGCUGGACUUAGACUUUCACCUGACAUCGCUGCUGAGGUCUUAAAGAAGCUUAGCAAUGCUGGAAUGGUAGCUCUAUCAUUUUUUCGCUGGGCUGAGAAGCAAGAGAACUUUACGUACACUACAGAGAUUUUUCACCAUCUUAUGGAUGCGCUUGGAAAAAUCAAACAGUUUAGAUUAAUCUGGAGUUUGGUUGAAUCAAUGAAGCAAAGAGGCCUACUGACAAAAGAAACUUUUGGGUUGAUCAGCAGGAGAUAUGCAAGAGCUAGAAAGAUCAGAGAAGCGAUUGAAGCUUUUGAGAAGAUGGAAACGUUUGGCCUGAAGCCUGAUUUAGCCGAUUACAACGGCUUCAUUGAUACCAUUAGCAAAUCAAAGAAUGUUGUGCGAGCUCAAGAAAUUCUUUAUGACUUGAAAAGGAGAAGGAAAUUCUCUCCGGACCUGAAAACCUACACGAUUCUUAUUGAGGGUUGGGGACAGGAAAGAAACUUGACAAGGAUGAAAGAAGUUUAUGAUGAAAUGAUCAAAGAGAACUUUGAGCCUGAUGUGGUGACUUAUGGAAUUCUAGUCAAUGCAUUUUGCAAAUCUGGCAAUUGUGAUGAGGCCCUAGUAAUAUUCCACAAAAUGGAGGAGAAGGGUUGCAAACCAAGUCCACACAUAUAUUGUACUCUGAUUAAUGGACUGGGCUCACAGAAGAGAUUGGAUGAGGCAUUGAAGUACUUUGAACUAUCUAAAGAAAGUGGCCACCCUCCUGAAAUUCCAACUUACAAUGCAGUUGUUGGGUCUUACUGUUGGGCUUUAAGAUUCGAGGAUGCUUUCAAAGUUGUUGAUAAGAUGCAGAAUCAGGGCAUCGGUCCAAAUGCUCGAACAUUUGACAUAAUUCUGCACCAUCUUAUUAAGGUUGGACAUUCUGAAGAGGCAUAUAAGGUAUUUCAGAAUAUGAGUACUUACAGAGACUGUGAACCACAGCUUAAUACCUACACCAUGAUGAUAAGCAUGUUAUGUGCAGAGGAAAGAGUUGACAUUGCACUUAAAGUCUGGAGGGAGAUGAAUGAGAAGGGAGUUUUGCCAUGCAUGCAUAUGUUCUCAGCUUUAAUCAAUGGAUUGUGCUAUGAGAAUAGGAUGGAUGAAGCUUGCAAAUACUUUCAGGAGAUGCUUGAUAAGGGCAUCAGACCAUCAGGCCAGUUGUUUUCUAAAUUGAAGGAAACUUUGAUAGAGGGAGGAAAGAAGGAUUUGGCUUACAUGAUGUCCAUGAAGUUGGAUAAGUUAAGAAAGAAACCACUUAAUGGUUGAUACAGUUUUGCUGUGGUUUUUAAUGCUUUGCAAUUGGAAACAAAAUUCAUUUCAUGAUGAUGCUGAAGAUGUCCAGGUUAGCAUUUCAGUGCAUAUAAUGGCCUUAAGAUAUGUAUUUUCUACUAGGGUGCUUGGAUUGCGAACUUUGGCUUGCUGAAAGGCAGACAUGCUAGUGCCAGCAUAAUUGGUUUUCUUGUCGUUUAUUAUAGGAAAGAGAGCAUCCAAAUUUGACGCAUUGUUGUUAGUAUGAUUGAUAUGUUUUACAAAGAAACAAAUGCAUUGAAAGAAGAAACCAGACAUGAAAAGCAGAAAAGGUCUGGUUUUGGUGGAAUAUGAUAUUGAGUGGAAGGUAAAGCUCUUUUUGAUGAUUUUUCAAAGAACUGCAGUUAUUAAAUGGCUCACGCAUAGAUUUUCCUAAAAUGAAGGCAAGUAUAGAUUGAUAUGGCAGGGAUGGUGCCACAUAUGGAGAAGAAAGAGUUUUAUCAAUAUAUGGGCAAUGCUUUGAUCAUCCCAUUCUUGUUGGGGUAUGUUGUUGUUUUCUAUUUUUUGCCCAAAUUAUUCUCUCUUAAACGUGUGCAGUUCUCUCAUUAACUAAACACCUCAUUUAUUCCUGAAAAUAACAUGUUGGCACUCGUUUGUUGGAAUAAUUUGGUUUGCGCAAAAUAAAUCAUUUGUUUGUUCUCCUCCUAAA